GACCCAGCGCUCCGCUCCGCUUGGGUGCGCGCCGCGGCCAUGCAGCGCCGGGGCGCCCUGUUCGGCAUGCCGGGCGGCAGCGGCAAUAGGAAGAUGGCUGCAGGAGACAUCGGCGAGCUGCUGGUGCCCCACAUGCCCACGAUCCGCGUGCCCCGGUCCGGGGACAGGGUCUACAAGAACGAGUGCGCCUUCUCCUACGACUCCCCCAAUUCUGAAGGUGGACUCUAUGUAUGCAUGAAUACAUUUUUGGCCUUUGGAAGGGAGCAUGUGGAAAGACAUUUUCGAAAAACUGGACAGAGUGUCUACAUGUACCUGAAGAGACACGUGCGUGAGAAGGUAAGAGGGGCAUCUGGUGGAGCUUUACCCAAAAGGAGGAAUUCCAAGAUUUUUUUAGAUCUAGAUACUGAUGACGAUUUAAAUAGCGACGAUUUUGAAUAUGAAGAUGAAGCCAAACUUGUUAUAUUCCCAGACCACUAUGAAAUAGCACUACCAAAUAUUGAGGAGUUACCAGCCCUGGUAACAAUUGCUUGUGAUGCAGUUCUCAGCUCAAAAUCUCCAUACAGAAAGCAGGACCCAGAUACGUGGGAAAAUGAAUUACCAGUGUCUAAAUAUGCAAAUAACCUCACCCAGUUAGACAACGGAGUCAGGAUUCCUCCAAGUGGUUGGAAGUGUGCCAGGUGUGACCUGCGAGAAAACCUCUGGUUGAAUCUGACCGACGGCUCUGUGCUGUGUGGGAAAUGGUUCUUUGACAGCUCCGGGGGCAACGGGCAUGCGCUGGAGCAUUACAGAGACCUGGGCUACCCUCUAGCUGUGAAACUGGGAACCAUCACUCCUGACGGGGCAGAUGUUUAUUCUUUCCAAGAAGAGGAACCUGUUUUGGAUCCUCAUUUGGCCAAGCACUUAGCGCAUUUUGGAAUUGAUAUGCUUCAUAUGCAUGGGACGGAGAACGGGCUCCAGGACAAUGAUAGCAAGCCGCGGAUCAGCGAGUGGGAGGUGAUCCAGGAGACGGGGACGAAGCUGAAGCCCAUGUAUGGCCCCGGAUACACGGGUCUCAAGAACCUGGGCAACAGUUGCUAUCUCAGUUCUGUGAUGCAGGCCAUCUUCAGCAUCCCGGAAUUCCAGAGAGCGUAUGUAGGAAAUCUUCCAAGAAUAUUUGACUACUCUCCUUUAGAUCCAACACAAGAUUUCAACACACAGAUGACUAAGUUAGGACAUGGCCUUCUCUCAGGCCAGUAUUCAAAACCUCCGAUGAAAUCCGAGCUCAUUGAACAGGUGAUGAAGGAGGAGCCCAAGCCUCAACAGAAUGGGAUCUCACCACGCAUGUUUAAGGCCUUUGUGAGCAGGAGCCACCCGGAAUUCUCCUCCAACAGACAGCAGGAUGCCCAGGAAUUUUUCUUGCACCUGGUGAAUCUAGUAGAGAGGAACCGCAUUGGCUCAGAAAACCCAAGUGAUGUUUUUCGGUUUUUGGUGGAAGAACGUAUUCAGUGCUGUCAGACCCGAAAAGUCCGCUACACGGAGAGGGUGGAUUACCUGAUGCAGUUACCUGUGGCCAUGGAGGCGGCAACCAACAAGGAUGAACUGAUCGCCUAUGAACUAACAAGAAGGGAAGCAGAAGCAAACAGAAGACCCCUUCCCGAGCUGGUUCGUGCCAAGAUACCAUUUAGUGCCUGCCUUCAGGCCUUUUCUGAACCAGAAAACGUUGAUGAUUUCUGGAGCAGCGCCCUACAAGCAAAGUCUGCGGGUGUGAAAACAUCUCGCUUUGCCUCAUUCCCUGAAUACUUGGUAGUGCAGAUAAAGAAGUUCACUUUUGGUCUUGACUGGGUUCCCAAAAAAUUUGAUGUUUCUAUUGAUAUGCCAGACCUACUUGAUAUCAACCAUCUCCGAGCCAGGGGGUUACAGCCAGGAGAGGAGGAACUUCCGGACAUCAGCCCCCCCGUAGUUAUUCCUGAUGACUCAAAAGAUCGCCUGAUGAACCAGUUGAUAGACCCAUCAGACAUCGAUGAGUCAUCGGUGAUGCAGCUGGCCGAGAUGGGCUUCCCUCUGGAAGCGUGUCGGAAGGCUGUGUAUUUUACUGGAAAUAUGGGAGCCGAAGUGGCCUUCAACUGGAUCAUUGUUCACAUGGAAGAGCCAGAUUUUGCCGAGCCGCUGACCAUGCCGGGUUACGGAGGAGCAGCUUCUGCUGCAGCCUCUGCUGGACUGGAUAACCAACCUCCGGAGGAAACUGUAGCUCUCAUUACCUCCAUGGGAUUCCAUCGAAAUCUGGCUCUUCAGGCGCUACGAGCAACGAAUAGUAACCUGGAAAGAGCACUGGAUUGGAUCUUUAGCCACCCUGAGUUUGAGGAGGACAGUGACUUUGUGAUCGAGAUGGAGAAUAACGCCAACGCGAACAUUAUUUCUGAAGCCAAGCCUGAAGGACCUAGAGUCAAGGAUGGAUCUGGAAUGUAUGAAUUAUUUGCGUUCAUCAGUCACAUGGGGACAUCUACCAUGAGUGGACACUACGUUUGUCACAUCAAAAAGGAAGGAAGAUGGGUGAUCUACAAUGACCACAAAGUUUGUGCCUCAGAAAGGCCCCCUAAAGACCUGGGCUACAUGUACUUUUACCGCAGGAUACCAAGCUAAACCUCAGACGUACAAAUUGGCGAGAAGAAGCCAUACACCUUUUUAAUUUGCCAAAAAAAAAAAAAGUAAGAAGUUGGGACAGCCAGACAUGAGGGAGUACAUGGGGUAUUUAUAGUUUAUUUAAAGAACAUCAUUUGAUGCCUUCUGAAGUAGAACCGGGAGGAAAUUUCUGUUAGUGAUGAUACACUACUGUAGAUAAUUUUUCUUUUUAUAAAUGUUUAAGAAGAGGAUGGUUAAAAAAAAAGUAUUCCUGUUGCUGGUGGGGGAUCUGCCACUGGCGCAUCAACAGCAGGAAGUGCCGCCAAUCCUCUGUUCUGCUUUGGGGGUCGGCGAUAGUGGCCUCCAGAGGAACCAAGUAAUGGGGCCAGUCGUGUCGCCUACCCACCGUAAACAAAAAGCCUACUUUCGUUUCAUAUCGAAAAUCAGUAACUGGGCUGGGCUUUAUUUGUGACAUAAGUUUUUUUCAUGACACACAAUGAUUUCUGACCUCUUCAUGUAGAGUAGAUUAGAACAUCUACAAUGAAAGAUAUUUUUAAUUUAAUCAUAUCAAAAUUCAUAAUACGAGUGUGUGAAUGUGUGUGAGAAUGCGACUGAGAGUGUGAGACCUUUAUAGUCAACUAGAAAAUCUGUGACGGGUUGGUUUUUAAAGGUUAAAAUAGUUGGUAGUAAGCAUAGCUGGAAAAAGCAAGUCAAUAUUUUAAAGAAACUCUAACUCAGGAACAGUUUAAAAAAUUAGUUCCCCGCUUAGAUUUUCAGGCGUCAAAAGGGCUGUUGUCCCUUUCAGUGCUGUCCAGAAUUCAGUUGGGUUUGUGACAUUUGGUCGUGUGAACGCAGAUGCCCCCAGCAGCACAGUGUUGUUCUUUGCCAAAGGUAGAUGAAUUCUGUUUCUCAGCAGCCCUCCCCCAAGGCAUAGUCAUGUGUACUGUUAGUUAAAAUAGCUGAUCUCUUCUUACCAUGACACAUGACAACUCGCUGGAAUCAUGUUAAGUGCCCCAAAUUUGUCUGUAAUUUUCUCAUCCCCAGCUCUUUGCUUGUCUUCAUUUCUAUGUGUUCUGGGGCCAGAGUCUCAUCUCUGCCCUUUGUUGGCUAAUCACCUCCUGACUUACCUUCACUGCUUAUCUGCUGUGACCAACAGUGUGAUCUUCAGCAGUUUAAGGGUUUCAGAUGCAAAGAAACUUCAUAUGACAUUAUGAAAGACCAUCGUUUCCAUUUCGGUGUUUCAGCAUUUUAGUUGCAACCUGGGAUUAAAUCAGAGUUUCAGAUGUGAUGAAAAAGUGGAACGAUAGUGCUCUGUAAUUUUCCUACAGCUCUGUACCAAAUGCUAGGGUCUCUGGAAUUUCUAUUUCAGAUUAUUCAGUCAAAUAAAAAAGGACUUAUUGCUGUCUGCUUAAUAUGCAUUUGAUUGGUAGAAAGGAUCUUCCUGGAGACUGUAGGAAAAUAAAGUAGAACCAACUGGGUGAAAUAUAGCACAGAAUUCCACAAUUCUGUGAAGUCUGGAAGUUGGAUUAUGGCGUGAGUUAUGAACAAUCAGGGUUCUGGUUAUGAUUGGGGCCCUUCUCACAGGAGACGUGAGCAAGGGAUGCAGAGCCCGAGGCCUGUGGCCCGUGGACCUGGGUGCGGCCCGUAGCUGGGCAAGUCCCUCAUCUUUCCUUAUGUGCACAGUGGUGUGAUGACCCCCUGCCCUCUCUUUCCGACUGUGCUUUGUGGACCUGGAGAGAUCUGAUCGCUGACCAUUUGAAGAGCAGCAGGUGGUGUGCCCAGUGGGUGGGCCCUAGUAGAGCAUGCUUCCUCUCGUCUCUCCUCUGACGUUUUCUUCAGUUCGGGAACAAAUGAGAUUGGCAGAAGGAGGGAGCUCAUGGGGCAGUAAAUCUCUACUAAACUCUGCCCACUGGUGUCACCUUUUCACAUUGUCUUGGACAGCUCAAAGCAGCCCCGCUCGGUGACACGAGUCCCUGAUUCCUGCAGAAACCCCCAUGCUAAGCAGCCUUACGGAGUCCCGUUUCCUUAGGGCUGUAGUACCAUAGAAUAGUGACUCCAAACACACAUCAAAAGUGACUUCUUUUCACCGCUGUUACAAAGGGAAGGCCUUUUCUGGGGGUGGGAGGGGGAUUGGGGCUUUGGAUUGAAAUGUGGACAAAGUUGGCAUGUGUAUUUUGAGCAAAUUAAAAAAUUUUAUAAUAAAAUCUUACAAAGUGAACGGUGUAAAGUCAGUAUAUAAGAUUGCAGGCUCCACAUUACUUAAUUCAUUAAGCAGAAAAAGAAAUUUAGCCCUUUUGAUACCUAAACCUAUCGUAAGAAAGUGGAAUAUGGCUGCCUUUUUUUUCUCCUCACAAGACAAAGGGCUAUUUCUACAAGGCAAAGUUUUGUAUAUGUGCUGUUCUUUAUUUCAGAUUGAGAGUUGGGAAAACUGGAGCAAAUAUUGGUUUUCUUUCAUGCUUAUAAAUGUAUUUGUAUGUAUAUCUUAAUAUAUUCAAGGCAGGCUUCCCUGGAAUCAGAGUGUGGAAUAUACUGCUUAAUUUUACACACGUAUGUCGAGAUUAUUUAUGACUAAAAACUGGAAUAAUGUGUGUAUUUUGUCAACUGCUCAUCAGCCUGUUAGGCGUCUUCUGUGUGAGGUGUGGUGUAAUUGUGAAAAUUCUCACUGCGUGGGUGUAUGUGUGAAAGAGAGCACUUUCUUCCUGUAAAUAUCUUUUGAUAUCCAUUUGUGCAGAAUCCUGAUGAAUGUGUCUUUGGAAAAUACAGCGUAUCAAAGUUUUUGUUUUGUCAAUUGAUCUAAAUGCCCACACAACUAAUCAGAAAUCCAGUUUGGUUCAGAUUGGGAUGUUUUUUUCCAAGGGGAGAAAAAGUAUGGGGGAAGGACUAUUAAAGAAGAGUCAUGUUUUAAUGCCAUUUUAUGUCAACAUUGCUUUAAUGUUCUGAAUUGACUUGCUGUUUUCUCCCACCUACAAGAGAAUGUGCUUGCCAUUGCCCCGUGUUCACCGUGGGCUGUAGGGCGUAGCUUGAGCCUGCUACUCCCAACAUUGUUUUUUCCCUUGACCUGAACUGGAUGGAGCCUUACCUGCAAUUCAUAGUGCGAGCACCUGCAUUUGUAGCCCGACUCCACUUCUAAGUGUGGUGGGGCCGAGUCGCUUUACCUCUCUAGGCCUUUUUCCUUAAAAUGAGUGGGUUAGACCAGAUAAGCUCAGAAGUCCCUUUCUGCUCUAGCAUUCGGUUCUAUUUUUAUUUUCCUGCAGUUACUACCUUGGUCAGACAUGUGAGACGCGAGGGAUCACAUAGAGGUUCGAUGUUAUGGUUCUGGUUUGUUACAGCUCUCGCACCCCACUUUAGAACCUGCCUCGUUUUUAGUGUUUGCCACCCCAACUUCUACUGCCAAUUUCUUGGGGAAUUACUUUCUUUGGUGAUUAUCCCAUUUUUUUCUCCCACUCCUGAAACUCUCCACUUCCCAGUCGGUAAGGUACUUUGUUACCAUCUUCCUCAAAAAUGAAAAAUCUAUUUAAAACACCACCUGCCCUGACAAACCUCAGAACUACCUUCCGCUAACUCUGUAACCUUUCUGGAGUAUUAUCUUACUCUAGUUGAGUUAUAGCUAUGAUCCUCAAAUAAGUUUUUCUACCACAGAAAGGAUGUCUUUUCAUCUGGUAGGCAUCACUGUUGCUAAAUGACAUCAUCCGUGUGGGCCGUCAAUGGGGAGAUGGCCAGUGUUGGGGGCAGGAUAGGGGGAUAGGAUUAGAUAAAAUGUGAUUCUAUCCUUCACCUAAGGUCAAAAAUCCUAGGUUACAGAACAAGAUUCUGUACCCUUAAGUUGAUGUAUAAGAUCGUCCACACAAUGCCAUGGAGAUUCCCUACUCAGUAAAUCAUCCUGAAAGAGUUUGUGUCAUAAUUCUCUAGAUCUGUGCUGUUCAGUACAGUUGUCCAUGGCCACAUGUGGCUAAUGACCUCCGGAAAUGUGUCUUGUGCACAUUGAGGUUGUGCUGUACACAGGAAAUGCACGCCAGAUUUGGAAGGCUUGGUACCAAUAAAAGGGAAUGUAAAGUAUUGCAUCAAUAUUUUAUAAUGAUUAUAUGCUAAGAUGACCAUAUUUUAGAUACAUCAAGUAAGAUGAUAUUAACGUUUCACUUAUUCCUUUUAAUCUCUUUUUAAUGUGGCUACCAAACAAAUUGAAAUUAGACACGAGUUGUACUUCUGUUGGACAGUGCUCUCCAGACCAGGUGACGUGAGGAGGCAGCGAGGUGCCGUAGGUGUGGAAGGCGGGGGUCUGCAAAGCAUCCAGACAGACAGAAGCAGCACAAACUUUUUUUUUGGAGUCGGGAGCAAUGUGAGGCACAGAAUGCCUUCCAGAAAGCAGAUUUUUCUGCAUAAGAACCAAUAUAUAUAUAAGACCCCAAUUAAAAACCAAAAGCAAACGAGCCCAAACCCUGUUUCUUCAGCUUUGUCUAGAAGCUGCCAACUCUGCAUUUAUUUUUCAAGCAUCUUCCAGGUGCCAAGGAUGUUAGCCACCUGAGGGUGUUGGGCAGAUGGGUUUCACUUUGGGCAACAUUCUCUUGUGGUUUCUCCUCCCCCGGUAUUGUUUUGUCUGUUCAGAGCUGGGUGUGUUGAAAUACCAUGGAAAUCUGGCCGCUCCUCCUGGCCUCAGCUGAGGCUGAUCCUGUGGCCCGCGCCUGUCUGCUUGGCAGGUUUUGAUGUUGGCGCCUGAAAGAGUUUGUGUUUAUUUUGCACUAAUCACAGUUGUAGUUUAAAAUAUCUCAAAUGUUUUGGGAGACUAUUUGCCUGUGAUGGAAAGAGAGAUGGAUGAUUUAUUGCUUCAAUUGUUUUAAAAUUAAAAGCUAUUCUCACAAUCUGA